GGAGGAGCUGCGGCAAGGUCGACAACAGCAUCCUGCCCUGAACGACAGAAACAACCAGAGGUGGACGGCAUUUAGUGCUGUGGUUCCGUACUACAGAAGGUAAAAGGAGAAUUUUGGACUUAUUGUCGCGGUUGAAGAAGGAGGAAAGUGCUUUAAAGUUUCCAGCCCGUAGCCGCAUGUUCUGAGGAAGCUAACGAGCUAUCCUCAACUACUGCCGCUCUCCGCACGGCUGCCCUGCGCCUCCUCUGACCGGGCGGAGCAGCGUGUUCUUCCCGUUAAAUAGGAAGACAGUUAUUACCGGGCGACUCCCGAGCUUCCACACUUUGUCUAGUUAGAUUUGUGGGCUAUAAACAGUUUUUCUCCAACACGGUUUCUACGUUCAUUAGUGUUUUUGUGCCAUGUCAGCACCAUCCUCCGCGCCUUCCGCCCCGGCAGAGAACGCCGCGACGGAACAUGAUUUUCUAGUCCCAGAUGCGGGGCAGAGGCCGCCCGGUCCAACGCCCAGCCAGAGCCGGUUCCAGGUGGACCUUGUUGCUGAGGCUGCGGGCGCCAGCGAUGAUAAGUCCCCGAGCUCCGACGCUUCCGCCACUGCCACGGAGGGUCCGAGUACUGACCCAGGGGUCGGCAGCGAGGAAGCCAAAGGCCGGUUUCGGGUGGUGAACUUUGCCGAUCCGAGCGGAGCGGGGAGCCCUGCAUCUCCAGAGGCAGCGCCGGCUGAGGGAUUGCAGAACGGGGACACGGUGAUGAGCGAGACCAGCUUGCAUUCAUCUACAGGGGGCCAGCAUCACUAUCACUAUGACACCCACACCAACACCUAUUACCUGAGGACUUUUGGUCACAACACCAUCGAUGCCGUGCCCAACAUCGAUUUCUAUCGGCAGACAGCAGCGCCGCUGGGGGAGAAACUCAUCAGACCCACCCUGUCGGAGCUGCAUGACGAGCUGGACAAGGAGCCAUUUGAGGAUGGGUUUGCCAACGGUGAUGAGCUGACACCGGCUGAGGAGGCUGCUGCCAAGGAAGCAGCCGAAUCCAAAGGAGUGGUUAAGUUUGGAUGGAUUAAGGGAGUGCUGGUCCGCUGCAUGUUGAACAUUUGGGGUGUGAUGCUCUUCAUCAGAAUGUCAUGGAUCGUGGGCCAGGCUGGCAUUGCUCUUUCCUGUUUGAUCGUCGCCAUGGCUACUGUAGUGACGACCAUCACUGGCCUCUCCACCUCAGCCAUUGCCACCAAUGGAUUCGUACGAGGAGGUGGAGCAUAUUACUUGAUUUCUCGGAGUCUGGGGCCAGAGUUUGGAGGUUCUAUUGGUCUGAUCUUUGCCUUUGCCAAUGCAGUGGCUGUAGCCAUGUAUGUGGUGGGCUUUGCUGAAACUGUUGUGGAACUUCUUAAUGGUGUUGAUGCCAUCAUGACAGAUGAAACCAAUGACAUUCGAAUCAUCGGAACCAUCACAGUCAUCCUUCUGCUGGGCAUUUCUGUGGCAGGAAUGGAAUGGGAGGCCAAGGCCCAGAUCUUCUUGCUUAUUGUCCUCAUUACAGCCAUCAUCAACUACUUCAUUGGAACCUUCAUUUCUGUCAAAUCAAAGGAAUCUGCAGGCUUCUUUGGCUAUGACGGUUCAAUCAUGUGGGAGAACAUGGGUCCGGACUUUCGAGGCGAGACGUUCUUCUCUGUAUUCGCCAUAUUCUUCCCUGCUGCCACCGGUAUUCUAGCUGGAGCCAACAUUUCAGGAGAUCUUGCUGACCCACAGCUGGCCAUUCCCAGAGGAACCCUUCUAGCCAUAGUGAUCACAGGCAUAGUCUACCUGGGUGUUGCUGUUUCAACAGGCUCAUGUAUUGUGAGAGACGCCAGUGGAAAUAUGAAUGACACAGUCAGUUCUCAGUUCAUGAUGAACUGCACUGAUGCUGCCUGCAAAUUUGGCUAUGACUUCUCUACCUGCAAGGGUGAAAAACCUGGCUGCCGCUAUGGUCUUCAGAAUGACUUCCAGGUAAUGAGCCUUGUUUCUGGUUUUGGGCCCAUCAUCACAGCCGGAAUAUUCUCUGCCACUCUGUCCUCAGCUCUGGCCUCUUUAGUCAGUGCACCUAAAGUUUUUCAGGCUUUAUGUAAGGACAACAUCUACCCCGGCCUGCAGAUGUUUGCCAAAGGCUAUGGCAAGAACAAUGAGCCACUCCGAGGCUACAUCCUGACCUUCGGUAUCGCCUUGGCCUUCAUCCUCAUCGCUGAACUGAACACAAUCGCCCCCAUCAUCUCCAACUUUUUCUUGGCGUCCUAUGCCUUGAUCAACUUCUCUGUGUUCCAUGCCUCAUUGGCUAACUCACCAGGGUGGCGCCCCAGCUUCAAAUACUACAACAUGUGGGUUUCCCUUGCUGGAGCCAUACUGUGCUGUGUGGUGAUGUUUGUCAUCAACUGGGCGGCUGCUCUCCUCACUAAUGUCAUCGUUCUGGGUCUUUAUAUCUAUGUCAGCUACAAGAAGCCAGAUGUGAACUGGGGCUCAUCAACCCAGGCCCUGACUUACCACCAGGCCCUGACCCACACUCUCCACCUCAGCGGGGUGGAGGACCACAUCAAAAACUUCAGACCUCAGUGUUUGGUGAUGACUGGUUACCCCACCUCUCGUCCUGCUCUUCUGGAUCUGGUCCAUAGCUUCACCAAGAAUGUAGGCCUGAUGAUUUGUGGUCAUAUCCGCACGGGCUACAGAAGGCCAAACUUUAAAGAUCUUGCCACAGACCAGUCCCGCUACCAGCGCUGGCUGCUGAAGAAUGAGACCAAGGCCUUCUACACACCGGUGUUUGCUGAAGACCUCAGACAGGGCUCCCAGUACUUACUCCAGGCUGCUGGUCUUGGUCGCCUCAAGCCAAACACCCUGGUGAUGGGCUUUAAGAACGACUGGAGGGAUGGUGACAUGAUGAACGUGGAGACUUACAUCAGUAUGAUCCACGAUGCCUUCGACUUCCAGUUUGGUUCUGUUAUUCUACGACUAAAAGAGGGGCUGGAUGUGUCACAUAUUCAAGGACAAGAUGAGUUGCUGUCUUCCCAAGAAAAGACGCCAGGGAUGAAGGAUGUGAUCGUGUCAAUAGACACCAGCAAAGAUUCUGACGCUGACUCGUCCAAGCCGUCCUCCAAGGCAACCAGCCUCCAGAACAGUCCAGCUAUACAGAAAGAUGACGAUGAUGAUGGCAAAGCUACAACUCAGCCCCUGUUAAAAAAAGACAAGAAGAGCCCAACAGUACCUCUGAAUGUGUCUGACCAGAGGCUGCUGGAAGCCAGCCAGCAGUUCCAGAAAAAACAGGGCAAGGGCACAGUGGAUGUCUGGUGGCUAUUUGAUGACGGAGGACUGACCUUGCUGAUCCCCUACCUGCUGACCAACAAGAAAAGAUGGAAGGACUGCAAGAUCCGGGUCUUUAUUGGAGGCAAAAUCAACAGGAUCGAUCAUGACCGCCGAGCGAUGGCCACUUUGCUGAGUAAAUUCAGGAUAGACUUCUCGGACAUCACUGUGCUGGGAGACAUCAACACCAAGCCCAAGAAGGAGCACGUGGCAGCCUUUGAGGAGAUGAUUGAGCCGUAUCGCCUGAAAGAAGAUGACAUGGAACAGGAGGCAGCUGAGAGGCUGAAGAACAGCGAACCAUGGAGGAUUACUGAUAAUGAGCUGGAGCUGUACCGCGCCAAGACCAAUCGUCAGAUCAGACUCAACGAGCUGCUGAAGGAGCACUCAAGCACGGCCAACCUCAUCGUCAUAAGCCUGCCGUUAGCCAGGAAGGGUGCAGUGUCCAGCGCUCUGUACAUGGCCUGGUUGGAAGCGUUGUCCAAGGACCUGCCACCCACACUCCUGGUGCGUGGCAACCACCAGAGCGUCCUCACCUUCUACUCUUAAACACACACUACCAGGAAGAAAACCCAUGUUUUUAAGUCUUACAUCCACUUUUGCCUCUGGGAGCACACCCACCUACACAUCCCAGUUCUAGUAUAAACCUAAAGGUGCACCACAUACACUCCAGAGAUGGUAGAAAAGACGGCCACUGACGGAAACCAAGCUGGUGAUAUGAAAACAAAGUGAUAAUGUUUGAGACAUGUUAAGGCGCUACGUGUGAUGAAGGAAUGUCAGGAUUAGGGUGGGAGCUGCUUGUAAGGCUGUCCACUCGGCUCCUUUAUUUCUUUUUUUUUUUUUUUAUUCCAAGAUGUCUGGGUUUUUCUCUUGUAGCUCUAGUUUCUUCUAAUUUCCUCAUAAAAGCUGUCAUUUUUUUGUUCAAGUUGAUUUCUCUCAGGCUCCAAAGCAGUAGUGCACAAUGUUAACAGUGUCUGUUCUCACGAUAUGAAAUAUCUUGAUGUCAUACCUGUUAAGUUAAUCAGACCAGUUGUUGUGUUUGUUGCAGCAAUAAUCACCCUGUUGUUUUCUUGAAAUAUUGGGAGAGAACCAUACAGAACGCUUUGCAACACCCUCUUAAGCCUUAUGGAUGUGCCUUCCAGUUGAAUCAGAAUAAAUAUUUGUAAUCUCUAUCCAGAUUGACAAUAUUACCUAUUAUGCUGGUGGAUAAUAGUUAGGGUUGUUUUUUUUUUAAUUAGUUUUUUAAUGUGAUUAGUUGGAGCAUUGUAUUUAUAGAGUGGAUUGCAAGAAUUUAACAAAGCGCAUCCACUUGAUUGCAUGAACAUUUUCUCAGUUAACUCUCUCUUUUACCUUAAUCAGCAUGUUUAUUUUGUGACAGGUUUGUUCUUGUUUUGUUUUUUUUGUGUUUUUUUUCUUCACUUUUGAGUCUUCCUUUGUAAAGAUGUUGACUAUUUACAAUAGCCUCAGCUACUUGACACAAGACACAAUUUAUCUUUUGGGCACAGUGCCUAGAAAAAAGUGUACAUGGUCUUAAAUUUAAGAUCUCACUGUCUGUCAGAAAAGAUGUGAAUUUAGUUUGUCAUUAUCUCUCCCAUGUAGCUGCUGAUCCACUAAAUUGUUUAUUUUCAGCAACGGUUUUUUGUUUCUAUGUCCACAUGUAUACGGUUCUUCCCCUGUAAAGAAACUCCUCUGUCCAACAAGCUAGUUAAAACCUUGCCUUAAUGCUAGAACUAACGAUUGUCAUGAGUUCCUUUUCUCUUAUAAGCCAUACUGGCUGAAUGGUUUGUGAGUAAAUGCAGAUAGGGAUCCAUUAGUCAUUUGUUAGACGUGUCAGCACACUUGUCUUCUGUGCUGUAUAUGCAUCUUAAUUUUCUUCCUGUUGUCCACCUGCCUUAGUGUGUUACAGAGCUUGCUGUAGAUCUGCGUGUUGCUGGUGAAGUGAUCAGUAUAGUAAUAUAUAUUCCACAUUGCCAGAGUUGGCACCGCUGUAGACUGAGAUAUGUGCUAAUGCAGGCUUGGCUGGCUGCUUGUUUGCUGUGUGGGUGUGCGGUGGACUGCCGGUCUCCCAUCCCCACAAAGCCGACAUGCAAGCUUUACACUGGAAGACUUUCUGGCAGAAGAAUGUGUCAAGGCUGAGUGAAGAUAUACCUCUAUGCAUAUGAGCUUGUGUUGCAUAAGUACUUGUAAUUAAAGUCUGCCGCUCCAUCAUAUGAGGAUCUGCUCGCCUCAGUUCAUUGAAGGAGCACUUAAGGAACGUCCUUCUCAUUUACUCUUAAUUGUUACUAUCACUGGUUUGUAGCCUUUCUGAGGGUACCUUGGCUCCAAACAUAGCCAUAUAUAUAGUCCACCUCACAUUCUGAGACUUGUGUUCUAAAUAGGUCCUAUGUGUUCUUUGUUCUACCUUGACCAUAGGGAAUAGUGGUCUGGCGUUACUGUUCUAUAUUAUAACUGGUUACUGCUGUUACAAAGCUACAGGACAACUAUUACUUGCUGAAGUGGUAAAGUUACAAUGGUUUUAAAGGUAUGUUCAGUCUGAAUGCAAUCUGGUGGAUGAACCUGGUACAGUGAAAACACGAAGGCAAAGCUGCACCCACACGUGGAGAAAAAUGAUCCUUACCCCAAAUCAUUAGAACAGGGAGACAGACAUUUGCAGAAGUCUUUAGAAAAAUAGGUAAAGAAAGACAUCAUGAAGAAGUCAUCAGAGGUAACUAAAGGCCGAUAACAGCAGUCGAACUUGCUUCGAUAACAUGAAGGUGAAAUACUUGUUCAGUCUGAACCCACCUUAAGGUUGGCUUAAGUUGUACCUACAUAAACGAGUGCAUUGCCCAUAAAAAUUCCAUUUGAAUUGCAGACAACAUGACCAGCCAUUGAGUAAGCAGGAUAAUGUUCUGCUCACAGUGCAGUUUGUCAUAAAACAUCUGUACAGGCCAUUGCGGAUGGUCUGCUGUUUUCUAUUGUGAACAACAUGGUUUUAAACUGCAAUGCAAUUCAGAAUAAAUAAGAUCCAUCAUGGCUGCUAGGGGUUGGUAACAUUCAAACUGCCACAAACCUAAUGGAAUAAAACAGGGUAUUUUUUUGUAAUGCACAUCUUUUUUCUGUCUUGUUUCCCCCAGAAAUAGACAGUUUUAACAUUUACCGUGUUACUUCCAUGUAUUCUGUUCUUCCCUGUAUGCAAAUUCAGAAGAGGAAUGUGCCACAAUGCUUAGUUGAAUGUAUUGUAUAAUAAUGAACACUAAUGCUAGGAGUUAGCAUACAUAGUCACCGCCUUUGUUUUCCAUCCUCAUUUUUCAGAAUAGACUGCAGUUAGCACCACAUAGUGCAGUGUACCGUGUGCCUGCUUCAUUGUGCUGGUAGCAUUCACACAACUGCGUCCAACCUGCAUCACAGCUCUGUGUGUUAGUGUGUACAUGUGUCAGUCAGAGACGUGGGAAGGGGUUGCUGAGUGUAGAUAUGCAUUCAGUACAUACACCUUCUCUACUAUUAAAUAUAACCAUACUCAUGCUCACCACAUAUGUGAAAUUUACCCGAAUAGUUUUCAAGUAUGUAGAAAAAAUGUGCUGGGUGAGCACUGCGAAUCUUUUUAAAACUUUAAAGGCACAGUUGAACAGUCCUGGUUUAAGAGCACACACUAAAAA